CGAAAGUCGCCUCUCACAUGAUGUGAGUCGUGCGGUCUGUUCGCCAGCGAUUUAAACGGGAGGAUAUGGCAGCGUUAAAGCGAUGUAUGUGUCUGCUGUCUCUCAUCAGCAUCAUCUCGACACGGACUCUCUGUGACACUGUCAUCCGGAGCGAUGAGAAGCUGAAACAUGAAGCGAGCACACUGAGCUCCAGUGAACUGAGGAGCGUUGUAGCUCAGACGGAUCUGGACCGGAUGUGGCAGAACGACCUGAAGCCCAUGCUUGUUGUGCGCUACCCAGGCUCCUCGGGGAGCCAAGCCGUUCAACAGCACAUUAAAUCGACUCUCGGUUCACUGAAAGCGGGAUGGGACGUGACUGAGGAUUCUUUCUACGCUCACACUCCUUACGGCCAGCUUCCCUUCACCAACAUCAUCGCCACUCUCAACCCGGCGGCGAAGCGUCAGUUAGUGUUGGCCUGUCACUAUGAUUCGAAGUAUUAUCCUCCGCAGUGGGACGCUCGUGAGUUUGUGGGCGCUACAGACUCUGCUGUGCCCUGCUCUAUGAUCCUGGAGCUGACGCGAGCUCAAGAUGAGCAGCUGAAAGUUAUAAAGGACUCUGGGUCAGAUGUGUCUCUCCAGUUGUUGUUUUUUGAUGGAGAGGAGGCGCUCUAUCAGUGGACCUCUGAAGAUUCUCUGUAUGGCUCCCGGCAUCUGGCACACAGAAUGAGCACAACAGCACACCCACCCGAGACCACCGACACCAACCAGCUGGAUGCCAUCGAUCUGUUUGUGCUGCUGGAUCUGAUCGGAGGUCCAGAUCCACGCUUCGGGAAUCAGUUCACCACCACAACCCGAUGGCUUUCCAGACUUCAAAAUAUCGAGCGUCGACUACAUGCACUCGCCGUGCUGGAGAAUCACCCGAAUGAGGCUCAGUACUUCUGGCCCAGCCAACACGUGGGUUUAAUUCUGGAUGAUCACAUACCGUUUCUCAACCGAGGAGUCCAAGUUCUUCACCUCAUAUCGACUCCUUUUCCCGCCGUGUGGCACACCUUCGACGACAACGAGGAGAAUCUGGAUCGCUCCUCCAUCAACAACCUCAACAAGAUCCUGCAGGUGUUUGUGCUCGAGUACCUGAAGAAGAAAAGUCAGAACACCGUCCCCGAAGACUCCUAAUGUUCUUCUGUUCUCUCACCAAAACCUUCCUUAUAUCUAAUGUGGUAUUUCUUGCUGAAAAGCACAAUCAAUUCUAGCUCCAGUUCAGCCGGACAAAUCACCAGUUCUAGGAUUUUUUAUAUCUGUGGGUAAAGUUUUUCUUGAAUAGAUGUUGUGAGAUGAACUUCAGUUCCGCUGAGACUGUGUGUCUGUUGAAAUUCAGAGUGCACAUCAUAUCACAGCAGAUUUACUGAAAACAUUUACUCUUUAUAUUUAUGUCCUUGACUUUCAUACCAAUGUCUCUACACAAGACCAGGAAAUCACAAUGGUACUUCUGUAUUCAUGUCACUUUUUUCCUCAUUGCAAAGCAAAAAAACAUGAAUUUUGUUUGA